AUGCCAGAUUUUGUUGUUUUAAAUGUGAAUGAGGUUCCAAAAAGUGUAAAUAAAAGUAAAAAUGUUUCGUUCAUUGAAGUUCAGCCAGAUUCAGAAAAUGUCGUUUCUAAAAUUGAUAUCGAGUGUGAAGCAGGUAAAACAGAAAUUCAAAAGUGGAAUAAAAACAGCGUAAGAGAAAAAUCAAUCAAAAAACUUUUUGAGAGAUAUUGUGAAAAAACGACGGUGCAUGGAUUGAGAUAUUUCGCUCAAAGCGAUCAACAUUGGAGUGAGCGAGUACUUUGGAUAAUAAUGGUAUUAUUGGCGAUGGUUGGUGUCAUUUACGUGAGCCUUUUGUUGUCUGAGCGAUUCAAUAGCACUCCACUAGCAACUGUGCUUGAGAGCACAAUUUAUCCUGUUUCUGAUAUUCCAUAUCCAUCGGUCACCAUUUGCAACUACAAUCGUGUGAAUUGGAAUCGUGUUGAAGCCGCAAAAAGGAAAUAUAUCCCGAAUGCAACUGAAAAUGUAGUAAAACAAUUUGAAUCUUAUCUGAAAACGAUUAAUCGCUUGGAAUAUGGAUCUUUUGAUGAGUUUAAAGAAAUUGACACUUGGGAUAUCGAUGCUCUUGAACACAUUGACCUUCUGGAGUUGUAUCGAGAUGUUGCCUACAGUUGUGAGGAAAUGUUUGACUCAACAGCAAUUUGUUGGUGGAGAAAUAAAUUUUUCAAUUGUUGUCAAAUUUUUCACACACAACGCAGUGAAUAUGGGAUUUGUCUUUCUUUUAAUUCUGUCACAAAUUCUGAUGGACACGAAAUGUUUUUAAACUCUUCGAAUUCGUACCCUCGUCGUACGAGCAGUUCCAUGGAUUGGUCAGGAUUGCGAAUUGAAAUCACGAUUCCCACAAGUGGAAUGCCUCCCGAUCUUCCCGCUGAAGAUAUGGGUCUAAUGGUCAUCGUGGGAAACCCUUUUGAAUGGCCGACCGAUGGAUAUCUUGUGCCAGCUGGAACAAACACAGGCGUUUCAGUCCAUCCAACUUAUUCGUAUGCGACGGAAAAUAUUUAUCACCUCGCAAUUAACCAAAGGAUGUGCAUUUCUGAUGAAGAUAUUAAACUAAAUCACAUCGACAAUGCAAGUGUCAUGCGGCUCCCGUUGCGACUCGAUCGUUAUUAUGUCGGAAACUGCUACUCGGAGUGUCGACAACAACACAUGAUAAAAUUCUGCAACUGCACUGUUGACUUUUUCUACACACCCGGCAACUAUACGCCUUGUCGCAUGUCUGGAAUAAAGUGUCUGAACAAGUUUGAUCAAAUUAUGAAUUAUCAGAAGCCUCCAUCGGGUAAUUCGUUCUUUUCUGAUGACGAACCAGGAAUUAGCUGCAAUUGCUGGCAAGAAUGCACAAGAACAGAAUAUGCAGUUGAAGUGGCUCCGAAUAUGCUGAGCGAAGCAACUCCCGGUAAAAUUAUUCUUGAUGUGCAUUAUCAGAGAUCGACAACGGUGAAAUAUCGUACUGACGUCGUUUUUGGUUGGAUGGAUCUCAUGGGUAAAUGUUUUUCCAAUUAA